AUGGCAUCAACAGAAUUUUUACCAAGUUAUCUUCUUCAUAGUCCUAUAAAUAGAUAUAAAAAAAAUCUAUAUAAUUCAUUUUCAUUACCUACACAUUGGAAUUCAGCGGAUUGUUGGCCUUAUGUAACUAUUAUAGAUCAAGAUAAUUUAAAAGUUGAAUAUAACGGACCAGGAAGAACAUCAUCAGAUGCCGCCGCUAUUAGAGCUGAUAAACCUAUUCCACCAGAAGUUGGUUUAUAUUAUUUUGAAUUAACUGUUUUAAAUAGUGGAGAAAGCGGGUGUAUUGGAAUCGGAUAUUGUAAGUCAGAUGUUGAUCUUAAUAUAUUACCAGGAUGGGUUUAUGGCACAAUAGGGUAUCAUGGCGACAAUGGUCGUUUAUAUCGUGAACGAGGAACAGGAGAAUUCUUUGGUCCUUGUUACAAUGCUGGAGAUACAGUUGGUUGUGGAAUUAAUUUUCUCAAUAUGGAGAUUUUCUUUACAAAAAAUGGGAUACAUAUAGGUAAAGAACCAUCUUUUUAUUUUGAAACGUUUUCUUACGAUGAUUUGAUUAAUUAUAGGAUUCUAGGAGAAAUGUAUCCGAUGAGUGGAAUGGCGACAAAAGGGGAAUGUAUUGUAGCCAACUUUGGCACUAAACCUUUUAUGUUUGAUAUUGAUAAUUAUGCAAAGGUAAUAUUUGCCGAUGCAGAGUUGAAAAGAGAACUUGAAAAAAAAACAUUUAAAAUGUUAGAAAUUAUUAAUACAGAAGUUUAG